AUGGGAAAUCAACCGAGCAGCGCCCAGGGGGAUGGAAAGUACGACCCCAAUGCCCUAUUUGCGCGCGAUGAGUCGCUCCAGCCUGAGGAGGAAACGUAUUUCAUGAACCAUAUGGUCAACGGAUGCGAAACACACAUCGUGUUCGCAGACGGCAGCUCUCUGCCGUGCUCCGUGAUCUACGACCUGGCAGAAGACUGCCUACACCUACAGGUUGACGACAAGCGGCGGGUGAUAGCGCUGAGUGAUGUCGAAGAGAUCCUCGGCGUUGAUAACGUCGAGGGGCUGAGCAACGUCGACAAGGCAUUGAUAAUAGACGCGCAUAUCGUGGCCUUCCGGCUAAGCAGCACCAAGAAGGCCAUCCUUCUGCGUUUCAACGACCUCAAGGAGAGCAAGGGGUUCUACCAUUUCCUCAAGGAGAUCAUCCAGGAGAACGCAGAGAAGGCGCCCAAUCCGGAGCUUCUCGGAGCGGAUGAGACAGCCGAGGAGGAGGAGCCGAAUGAAUGGUCCCAGACUAUCAUAUUCUAG